AUGCACUCCACUUCUCUUUCACUGUUUCACCUCUCCUCCCUUCUACUUCUCUUAUUCACUUUCCAUGCAACUUCAGCACCAGUAACCGACGACUUCUCCACCUACAUUGUCCACCUAGACCCAUCCUCCCGUCCAGAACACUUCACCACCCAUCAACAAUGGCACUCCUCGAUCGUUUCCGACGUAAAAUCCUCGACUAGCUCCACUCACCAUCACUUCUCGUCCGUCGAAAACUCCUUCUUGUACUCCUACCAAAACGCCCUUCAUGGGUUCAGCGCUGUUCUAUCACAACAAGAACUCCAAACCCUAGAAAACCUCCCGGGCUUUCUUUCAUCCUACAAAGACAAACUCGUCACGAUGGACACAACCUAUACUCCCGAGUUUAUGUCUCUCAACCCAACAACCGGCCUAUGGCCGGCCUCAAAAUUUGGCGAAGACGUGAUCAUUGGUGUAAUCGACACCGGAAUCUGGCCGGAAAGUCCAAGUUUCAGCGACCAUGGAAUGAUGUACACCUCCAAGCUCCCUUCCAAGUGGAAAGGAACAUGCCAGGAAGGACAAGACUUCAACUCUUCCCUAUGCAACUCAAAGCUUAUUGGGGCUAGAUACUUCGACAAAGGGGUCAAAGCUGCCAACCCGAAUGUAACCCUGACGAUGAACUCGGCUCGAGACACCCAGGGACACGGGACCCACACUUCAUCCACCGCAGCAGGGAACUACGUCGAAGGUGCAUCCUACUUUGGCUACGCUAAUGGCGUGGCUCGAGGCAUGGCGCCUCGAGCCAGGGUGGCCAUGUACAAGGUGAUAUGGGACGAGGGACGCUACGCCUCGGACGUACUUGCAGGAAUGGACCAGGCCGUCGCCGAUGGAGUCGACAUCAUCUCCAUCUCCAUGGGGUUCGACGAAGUCCCGUUGUACGAGGAUCCCGUCGCCAUCGCGUCGUUUGGGGCGAUGGAGAAGGGGAUCUUGGUCUCGUCCUCUGCAGGUAAUGUCGGCCUCAGGGGAGGCCCGUUGCACAACGGGAUCCCCUGGGUGUUGACCGUCGCGGCUGGCAACUUUGACCGCACUUACGCCGCGAGUUUGACCUUAGGAGACAACAAAGAGAAAGAACAACACGUCAUCGUGGGGAGGAGCAUGUUCCCGCUGAACGCGUGGGUCAAGGACGAAACCCUAAUCUACAACAAGACGCUCUCCAAAUGCGACUCUCUAAAGUUACUCUCUGAAGCUCCUCCACGUGGUAUCAUCGUCUGUGACGACACAGGGUUUUUGGACGACCAGAUGGACGUCAUCGACAGCGUGACGAACCUCGCUGGCGCGAUCUUCGCCUCCACAGAUCCUUCCCGUUUCGACUUGGAGUCGAUGAGCUGUCCAGGCGUGCUGAUUUCCACGACGGAGUUGGAUACCGUCAUCGACUACAUCAAGAGCAGCGAUAACCCUACCGCUACGAUCAAAUUCCAGCAGACGGUGACAGGAAAGGAAGUAGCUUCCUCGGUAGCCGACUACACGUCUCGAGGUCCUUCUCCGAACUGCCCCGCGGUUCUGAAGCCCGACGUCAUGGCUCCAGGAAGCCUCGUGUUGGCUUCCUGGAUCCCGAAUGGCUACACCGCCACAGUUGGUACGAAUACGUUGCUGUCCAGUGAAGGGUUUCACCUGAUUUCGGGCACGUCGAUGGCUUGCCCCCACGCUUCUGGGGUGGCUGCGCUGCUGAGGGGCGCGCAUCGGGAAUGGAGCCAUGCAGCUAUUAGAUCGGCCAUGAUGACGACUGCUAAUGAGCUGGACAGUUCUAUGAUGGCUAUCAAGGACGUGGGCCGAAAUUUCACGGCCGCGUCUCCCUUGGCUAUGGGUGCUGGCCAUGUCGUGCCGAAUAAGGCUAUGGACCCUGGUCUGGUCUACGAUGCGGCCCCACAGGACUACGUGUCGCUGUUGUGUUCGAUGAACUUUACUAGGAAUCAGAUUAUGACGAUCACGAGAUCGAACGGCUACGAUUGUUCGGAAUCCUCGUCGCUCGAUCUGAACUAUCCGUCGUUCGUGGCGUUCUACGAUAAGAAUGUGACUACUGGAGUGAUGUUGACGCACAGGUUUCGAAGAGUCGUGACGAAUGUGGGAGGAGCAGGGGCUAGGUACGAAGUGAAGGUGGUUGCGCCGGAGGGAGUGAAAGUGACGGUGUGGCCGAAGAGCUUGGCGUUCGAGAAGAAGAACGAGCAGAGAGAUUACAACGUGGAGAUUGUGUAUCCGAGUGAUGGGAAAGGUAGGGUUUUGUAUGGGUCGAUUGUUUGGGUUGAGGAGAGUGGAAAGCAUGCUGUGAGGAGUCCAAUUGUUGUUGCCCCAACUUCUGCAGGCAAGUAA